CCUGAAAAUAAAACACCCCUCUCACCUGGCCUUUAACGUGACACUAAAAGAACGACUUUUGGUUACAUGUAGCGCUGAAAAAGGACAGUGACGAGGAGCAGAGUCAGUGGAUCGGCAUGGACUAUGAGCGAAGGGGUGGGCGAGGUGAUCGCAUAGGUCGCUAUGGCAACACUCACAAUGAUCACAACUUUCGGGAUAUGGACUAUCGUGGCUAUGGCCAAGAGGAUGAAGAGACAGGUGCAGGAUACGAUGUGAGAGUGGAGGGCGACCGACCAUAUUGCCAUGAUGAGCAGUCACUGGGCGUCCCCGACUUCUCACCAGGAUGUCUCCAAGAUCGACCAGGCUUUCACCAGAGAGGAGACGGUAGAGGGGACAUUGGGCAUGAGGGCAAAGGGCUCCUGUGGCCACUUUGUUCUCAGUCGCAGCCUGAUCUGGCUCAUCCCAUGCUCCAGAGAGAGGAGGAGGGAUCCAGGCGGGAAUUUGAGCAGUUACAGACUGGCCUGCAGGAAAGGGGUCGAGGGAAAGGUGGAAGAGGCUUUCCCGAGAACAGCACGCCGCUGUUGGGGAGCAGGGAGGGCAACUGGGCUCGUAGCGGUAACCAUCCUGACCAGAUGGACUUCAACACGGGAAGACAGAGAGAGGAGGACAGGUUUUCUCGUGGGGCAGGGAAGAGGAGGACUUUUCCAGCAAGGGCAGAGGAGCAUGGUUGUGGAAAUCCUGGCCCAGACCCGCCCCUAGAAGAGUUGGAUCAGAGGGACCAGGACUACCGUGCAGAUCUAGACCAUAACCAGAGGCCCAGCAACAUCAUAAUGCUUCGCAUGCUGCCACCCAGUGCCACCGCCAAUGAGAUCCGGGCACAGCUUCAGGAGCAGGAGAUCCAGCCAAGAGAGGUCCGCCUUAUGAGGAACAAAUCUUCAGGUCAGAGCCGAGGAUUCGCCUUCGUCGAGUUUAAUCUCAUACAGGAGGCCACCCGCUGGAUGGAGACCAACCAGGGAGUGCUGAUGAUUCUGGGACAGAGAGUGUCGAUGCACUACAGCGACCCUAAACCCCGUGCCAAUGAGGACUGGCUCUGCAAUAAGUGUGGCGUGCAAAACUUUAAAAGGAGAGAGAAGUGCUUCAAAUGCAAUGUGCCUAAAUCAGAGGCUGAGCUGAAGUUGCCCCUGCUGCAGAGGGAUUUGCCUAUUGGUCUUCAAAAGGAGGGAGCCCAAGGCUUACUUCCCUUGCCAGCCCCUUACCACUCUUCUGGUCCUAGUGUCACCCCAGGGCAAGCAACACAGCAGGCAGAUGUUGCCAAUGACACUCUGAUACUUAGGAACCUCGGCCCACAUACUUCAGUGGAAGCCAUUUUGUCUGCCUUGGCUCCGUUUGCCACUCUCUCCCAUUCCAAUGUUCGCUUAAUCAAGGACAAACACACACACCUCAACAGGGGCUUUGCCUUUUUACAGCUCUCUACAAUAGUGGAGGCAUCUCAACUGCUUCAGAUCUUGCAGGCCCUCCAGCCAGCUCUCUCUAUUGAUGGAAAGGCUAUUGUAGUGGAGUUUGCCAAAGGCUCUAAACGUGAUGUGUUUGUGUCGGACGGUAGCAGAGUGAGUGCUGCUACUGUGGCCAGCACAGCUAUCGCUGCUGCUCAGUGGGCUGUCACACAGACCACUCAAAAUGGAUCAGGUGGAGGCCAGGGUAUAGAUACUGCAGUUUAUCAGCAGGGGGCAGCAGUGACAUACAGUCAGGAGGGUCAUGGGUACACUGGCCCAGACGGCACAACUUUCAAGGCCCAGGGAGAUACCAGGGCAGCCGCCUUGCCGAGUGCAGGAGCAGCUCUGAAUGGGUCAUACACAGGAGGAGCAGCGCCAGCUGUCGUUUCGUCUGAGACUGUGAAAUCUGGAUCAGCAGUUGUGCAGCAGCCUCUCACUCAGACGGCUCUCAUCACCACACCUGCCACCACACCUGCCACACAGGUUGAGAUAGUAGGAAAACCACAACCAGCUGCUCCCAGCCAACCUGCGACCCCGGGCACUGAACAUGAGCUCCAGCAAUAUCCUCUGCCAGAUGUGUCCACAUACCAAUAUGACGAAAGCUCUGGCUACUAUUACGACCCAUUCACAGGACUCUACUAUGACCCUACUUCACAGUACUACUACAACCCUCACGCUCAACAGUACAUGUACUGGGAUGGAGAGAAACACACCUACAUUCCUGCUGCCAGCCAGUCAAACACUGAAGGGGCUCCUACGAGUGAUGGUGCAGCCCCUUCAGAUUCACCGUUUGCUACUCCUGGAAGCAAGGAGAAAAAAGAUAAACCCAAGAAUAAAACUGCUCAACAGAUUGCCAAAGAUAUGGAGCGCUGGGCUAAGAGUCUUAACAGGCAAAAGGAGAACAUGCGUUCUCUCUCUUCAUCCCCUGCCGUCGGUUCUACGGCACUUCCUCCUGGGUUUACUCGGGCUCCUGGCCACAGUCGCCUAGAUGACCACCGAGAAUCUGCGAGUGCUGAUGCAGGCUAUGCUGUUCUGGAGAAAAAGGGGGCACUGUCUGAACGGCCUCAGAUUUUUCUGGAUCAGAUCCGACAAAGUGCAGAACAAUCGCCUCCUCUACAGCAGGGUCUGGUCCCAGCCUACAGCGGAGAGACUGACAGUGAAGAAGAAGGAGGCGAGAAAGAUGAGAAGGAAGGGAGAAUGACAGACUGGGUUAAACUGGCCUGUCUGCUUUGUAGGAGGCAGUUCCCAAGCAAGGAGGCCCUCAUCAGGCACCAGCAGCUCUCUGAACUACAUAAGCAAAACUUGGAGCAGAGAAGAACCCAGCAGGAAGCUGCAGGCAAAGAGAGACUUGUGGAUGGACCUGAACCUCCUGAUCCUAAGAGGAGAAAGUUUAGCCCCAUUGAUGGAAUCACAGGAACCAGUCUCGGUGCCAGGAUGCUGCAGGGAGGCGUAAAAAGGGGGCUUCUAUUGCGCAACAUGCAAGUGGAAUGACCCCUUGCCCCUUGAACUUCCAGACCCAGGAAGGACAAAGACAGACCCAGCACGCAACACUUCACCAUUAACAAUAUAGAUAUCUAUAUUUAAACCUCUUUAUUUUGGUUUGAAAUUAGAAUUACCUCAACAAUGGUAAUACUCAGUGGUAAUAAUCUUAUGAACUGAUCCUGUAGCAGUAGAUGUCAGGAUAUUGCACAGAUUGCACCUUUUUGCUUGCUUCCGGAAUGAUGCAGUUUUGAGUUCUCACAGAGCUUGUGUGUGAUAAACAAGUUGUAUGUGGUUGGGAAACAUUUGCUGGAAAAACGGGAGAUCAGUACAGAUCUUUAUGUCAGCAAAUGGAAUUUUCUAAUAUUACUGUCUAUGCACCAUAGAUUUUUUUUUUCUUUUUUUAAUUUAAUGCUAUAUGCCUUGUCAUUCAGUGAAUGACUGAUCUGGGCAUGGACUGUGUGUACAUUUUUAGAAUGAGCACUUUUAUACAACAGUGGGAGAUAAGAGACUGUGGCCUCAUGAACUGGGCAUGGUCAUACUAACACUAGUGUGUAGGUGAAAGUGUCUCAGUUUAUCAUAUAGCAGGUAUGAAUUCACAAUGUAAUACAUACUUACCUUUGGAGAAAGUUAUUUUUUAUUUCUGUGUUUAUUCAGUACUGUGACUGUGUUCCAUCAAGAUAAUGUAAAUUAAUGCAAAAUAACACAUUUCAUCAAUAUUGA